AAUUAAAUCCGAAAUGUUUGGGUGUUUUCCAUAAAUACCUUCAACUUGAACUUUACUGCCUCCUUCCAAUAUCUUCUUGUUCUAUUCGGCGAGGAACAAAGAGAGAGAGAGAGAGAGAGAGACAGAGAGCAGACGAGAGAAAAAGCUUUCAGAGACCCCCCAAGAGGAAAUGAUAAAGUGCGAGCUCUGUGGGUUGAGAGCGAGGAUUUACUGCGAAUCUGACCAAGCGAGCUUAUGUUGGGAUUGUGAAGAGAAAGUUCACGGCGCGAAUUUUCUGGUUGCCAAGCACACCAGGAGCCUCCUCUGCCACGUCUGUCAGUCUCCGACUCCAUGGAAAGCCUCUGGUCCGAAACUCACACCUACGGUUUCGGUCUGCGAGAGCUGUGUCGAUUGCAAUAGUGGAAAGUGCGAGAAAGGCCAAAAAGUUGAGAGCCAAGGAGGAAAUGAUGUGGAAGAAGAUGAAGAAGAUGAGGAUGAGGUUGAUAUGUUCCAUUCGAGCGAUGAUGAAGUAGAUGAUGAGGAAGAUUUUGAUGAGGAAGAAGACGAGGACGAGGAUGGAGAGAAUCAGGUGGUUCCAUGGUCGUGCUCUUCGUCGGCCCCACCGCCGCCUCCGUCAGCGAGCUCUUCGAGUAGUGAAGAGGAGGGGCUUUCGGUGUCGAAGCUGAUGCGAGAGAAUGCAGAUCUGGAUUCCGAUGGUGAAAUUGGGUGCUGCUCGUUGGCCAAUGACGAAGCGACGUCGUCGAACUCGUUCAGACCAUUGAAGCGGUCAAGGAUCAGUGAGGCAUUCCAAUCAGCAAGAGGAGCUGAAGAUCAUCAUCGUGGUCAAGAAGAGUCAAGGUCAAAGGCGAUAAUAAGCGCUCUUCGGAGGCUACAGGACAACGUGAUCACCGACGAUGAUCAUGCGUCCGCCACAGUUCUCGGAAUUUGCAAACUUAGCAGAGAUCAGAGCAAUUGAUCCGACUGCCAUUUAAACUUGUUUUUUUGUUCUUUUUUAUUUAUUAAUUCUAACCAUACAGCCUGAGGAAGCUUUUUUCAUUUUUCAUUUUUCUUUUUUCUUUUUUCUUUUUUUCUUUUUCUUUUUUUGUGGGUUGGGUUUUCCCUAUUAUAUCUAAUUUGUCCAUCAUAUUCGUUGAUAAUCCAGAAUUGAAUUGUUUUAUAAUUUUAAUUAAAA